AAACGGUCCUUUGUAAUGACAGUGUAGCGGCACCUACCUGGUCUGUCUUUCCUGCCUUAGAUCUAGAUGGCUAGUGUUUGAAAAUGGGAAUGGAUGUUUGUAUCCCUGUCCGGGCUCUGAUGGUGUCAAAGGACAGAUUAUUCAAAGUUGCUUGUUGGUUUUAGGGUGAGCUUAUCCUCUGAGUUUUCCAGAGAUUGAGCAUUCUAUUCCCAGGAGGUUUGUGGAAAAAAACGUGUCUUUGCAGAAAUGCAUGGUUGAUCUGCCGGUCACAGGGAUAAAGAUCAAGAGUUCGGUGCAGAUCACAUUUGAAGAGGGUCCUCAGUUACCAUCAGCUGCAAAUAUAAGUUGCGUGACAUGCAAGGGACAGUCAGACCACAGCAUGGUGCUAAACUGCCAUCUGUCAGCUGAGGCUGUGAAAUUCCCUGUCUCUGUUACUCAGCAGUCCCCAGCUGCUGUUUCUGUGGACACCUACCAUGUCACUUUGGCUGUGCUGCAGGCUCAGGUGGAGAUCCGCUUGGAGGAGAUACAGAACGAAGGUCUCCUGGUGUCAUGGAUGUUCAAGGAUAGACCAGACUUGAACCUUUUGGUUCUUCCAAGACUUCAGCUUCAUGAGAAUGAAGGGAGAGUGGAUCUGUCCACCAUAAAGGAUCUGAUCGAGGACACCAUUGUCAGCACUCAGCCAGCCAUGAUGGUGAAUCUGAAGGCCUGCACUGCCGGAGCCGGUGCGGUAUCCAGCAAUAAGUUGACUCAAGAGUCCCCGUCCGGAGUAGUGGUGGCCCCUCUGGGUUCUAAGCUGUUGCUCCGGAAUCUUCGCGUGCUGAACUUGGGCUGUCAGGGGAAGGAAGGAGUCGGGGAGGUGCACUGCAUGGCAGAGCUAGACAGCCCCCCACAGCAGAAGCGGACGAGGCCGGUGACAGCUGACGGUGCCAGUGCUGCAGCAGAGCUGGAGUGGACUGAGGACCUCUUUCUGGAGCUGGGACCUAGAAGUAAAGAGCUGAAGCUACAGGUGCUGGGGAAUGGCAAUGGAGGGGGAAAUGUGCUGCUGGCGCACACCACGCUUUUACUCGAUUCUUUGGGCAAACAACCAUCUGGGAGACAGGUCUGCUCGCUGGUCCCAGGAGCCGGGCGGUCACUGGCAGCUGAAGCUACCGUUAUAUUGGAGCUGCUGUUCCAGGAGUCUCCCGCAUCUUUGAAUGCUCAGCACACCACAUCUCUGCGAACUAGCAUCACCCCCACUAAGAAGGUGGAGAUGGACCGAACCAUCAUGCCCGAUGGCACCAUCGUGACUACCGUCACCACAAUUCAGUCCCGGCCCAAGGCAGACUGCAAACUGGAUUCACCAUCGAGGUCUCCUUCCAAGGUGGAAGUGACCGAAAAGAAGACAACAGUGCUUUUAGAGAGUGGCCACCCUCGCAGCCCCUUGCCCAGCGGUAGCCGGGAUAGCCAUAUGCCCAACGGCUUGGAUCCAGUGGCCGAGACAGCGAUCAGGCAGCUCACCGAGACGAAUAACAAGCCCACCAAGAAGACCCCGACAAAACGCAGCACACUGAUCAUCUCGGGAGUUUCCAAGGUACCUAUCGCUCAAGAUGAAAUGGCACUUUCUUUGGGUUAUGCUGCAUCCUUGGAGGCCGUGGCAUAUGGGGGUUCUGUGGCGGAGGGCACAGCUGGCCGGAUGCAUGAUUCUACCGAAUCGUCACAGCUGCCGGAAGCGUCGCCGUUGGGUCAAAGGGCCAGUCAGGAGCUGGAUGAGACGACACGGUCAGACAUCUCUGAGAGACCGUCGGUGGAAGACGUGGAGUCGGAAACUGGCUCCACGGGAGCCCUCGAGACCAGGAGUUUGAAAGAUCACAAAGUUAGCUUUCUUCGGAGCGGUACCAAGCUCAUCUUCCGGAGAAGGAGCAAGCAGAAGGAAGCGGGCCUGAGCCAGUCACAUGACGACUUGUCCAACGUCACCACCAACUCUGCCGCCAGGAAGAAAGCCGGCAGCUUCUCGCGCCGCCUCAUCAAGCGCUUCUCCUUCAAAUCUAAAUCCAAACCCAAAGCUAGUGACAGCAUGACAGCAGGUGAGAACUGAAGGAGGGAGAGGCCUAUCAGAACGAUUUCGCAGAGAUCCUUUUCUAGUCUCUUGUCUUCCCACUCCACGGUAUCUGUGACCUGCAGUCCAGUUCCUUCCAAGCUUGGCUGAGGGAAGACACCCCAGUGCUUUAUGCCGUGUGGGGAAUGGAGGGGGUGAACCUGGGGCUUAGGUCACUCAUCUGCACUGGCUGAGCCUUCUCCAACUGUCAUACCCCACUGUGCUCUCCCAGAAAAUCCAGGUGGCAUGCUAAUCCUUGUGGGGGUCCUGAGAGCUGCAGAAGCGACUGCGCCUGCAUAGCUGUCUGGCGUUGCUGGGUGUGUCCUGGAAAGCAGGGAGGGGUCAGAUCUCGAGUGGCUGCCCUCAGAGUUAAAGGUGAAGAAACUACUGGGUUUGCUGAAGAAGUGUGUGAUGCAGCCUCGCUUGGCUCUUCUGGUGAAAGAGAAUGACGCGGUCGCUGGUGUCUAAAUGCUCUUGUUGCUUCUGCUCGGUGCAGAGGCUGUAACCUGACUGAGGUGGGGUGCAGCAUGGGGCAGCGAGCCACCAGGAGAAUGAGCUGUGGCUCUCCACCUGGUUCUGCCAUUGGAACGGUUUCUGUUCGGUGGACGACUCUGAGGGAUGCCUGCUUUCUGUGCUGUGCUGAUGAAGGAAGGAGCCUUUACGAAGAUGGAAGUUCUAACCACUUGGGUGAGUUUUUGUGGAAGCCUGGGCCAUUGCAAGAUCAUCUGGUCGCUGCCGUUGGUGCUGUCACGCUGUGAUGCAGCCCUCCUUCUGCAUCCACGUUCUCGCACGAGGAAGGGACCGUGCUACAUGCGCGCCCCAACCGCUACACAAGCAGAACCCUUUCUGUUGGGAGAAUUGCUGGCAGGGUACCAGGCCAUCCUCUGCACCUGCGGAGUGUCUGGCCUCUCACGGCUCUCGCGGUGAGGACCGGCACCACGCUGGGGAUGGACAGCGAGGAAUGCGACAGUGCUUGCAAAAGGGCGGUCUGACGUGGAGCCUGAAGUCACGUGGCAGAAAGAGGCCAGAGUUUACAUGUUUUCACUGAUGAAAGGGUUUUCUGUGGCAGAAGGACCCUUUCUCGAUUGCGUCUGGUAUUUCCUUCCUUCUAGCAAACUCGAUCCAGUGCUUUCAAUCGGUGGGCAUUUCUGCAGCGUGCGUUGGCAGAGGGAGAGGUGUGCAGGGGGAAAUCGAAUCCUUGUGUGGGAGGAGACUGCCUUUCUAGAUGAACAGUUUUCUUGUCAUCUGACACGUGAACAUUGCAAAUAUGCCCAGAGGCCCCAUUCGGAUAGCAUGAUGACUCACUGGAGAAAUGCUUGUGCCCCAUCGGCAUGCCUGCUUUGAACGGAAGCUCCUGCUCUCCUGUAGGUUGUAGAGUUAAGGAGAUGGGGCAAAGGGGAGGAAAAACUUUGCUGAAGAGUGAUUGCCUAGGCCUGACCAGAUUUGCUAGCUCUGCUCUCCUGUUAUGGUACCUCCGGAGGCGAGGGCUGUCGCCCCGCCUUACGUGGGAUGCCACCAACCAAAAAAGUGGUUGUUCCCUCGGCAACACGCAUAAAGUAACAGUCACGUUCUUCAGAAGGAUGAAUCCUGGCUGGUUGGCGUGUGCCGUUUCCAAAGACCAAAUGUGUUUGCUGUGCUGCUGUGAAAGGAUUUAUAGGUGGGAAUUUCAGGGCGUGUCUCAGAAAAUAUCCAGAGGUAGAGAGGGCCAGAAUCACCUGGGGCUCAGAUUGAACAUGACAGUGCAUGCAAGCAGGAGGGACUCUUUCCUGUUUUUCCUGCUCAUUCCCUGUGAGGUUGGGCAUGCGUGAGAAAUGGGACUGGUCCAGCCAGCUGACAGGGAACCUAUUCUCCAUCUGUUUGUUUUGGUCUGGGAGUUUUUCUGUCCUCCCCGAGCUCUUUCAUGUCUUUUAUCCUUUGUUUCUUUUGUCGUCUGCAUGGCACUGCGGCUUCGUUCUCAGCUCUGCACGACGGAAGUUGGCAUGCUCGCCGUUUCUUGCUGAAAAUGGUUUUCCUUGAUGCAAGAGAUUGCUUCCCACUGCGGCACCAGCGGAAGUUGGUGCUCUUCAGUUGCAGGUUUAAUCACAGGACCUUCCACGAGUUUCUUUCAGUAGUCCUGUAUUCUUCUUUUAAAUCUGAAGAACAGCUCAAGCUGUUCCGGUGCAGGGCAGCUGGAGGCAAAUGCCAGAGGCUUCCGUCUGUGCUUCUGAAGCGUGAAUAGGGCUCCUGUACACGAGGAGGGCUGCAAGGCCGAGUGAGUGUUGUCCUUGUUGCCGUAGACUGGAGGCGGAAAAAGCAAGCAAGGCUUGCAUCCGACAAAGGCAUACCUGGAUUUCGACUGGAGUAUUUUGGUCUGCCUCAGAGGAAGGAGGUGAUGGGAAUGGCAGGAGUAAAACUGAAACCAGAGUUCUUCACCAGCCUCAGGGACCGAGGAACCCUUUCUAGCCAUGUUAAUUGGGCCAUUUGUGCCAUAUGUCUAUGGGAUUUCCUGAAUUUGGUUCUGGUUUGUUGGUUACAGGCUGUGCCCGCUCAUGAAUCACAGUGGGGGUUCUGUCUUUGAUUUUGAGUUUCAACUUGGCAGAAGGCUCAUCUGGGAACCUUCCAUGCUGCGGUCGCUGGAACGAACGGAACGUGGGAUGCGGGAUGGUCGGUGUGUCUCUUCCCUUGAAUUUUUGGCACUGCUUUUUAUCACAGGCAGUAAACUGCUAUGAAAACUUGUGUCUGGUUAGAUAGCACGCAGAGGAAGGGAUAUCAUCAAGGGCCGAUAGAGCGCAUCCCCAAACGUCAAUUCCCACAUCUGCUCGUGUUUCCUAACAGAUGUACUUUCUGCUGUUUUGUUGCUUCUCAAAGUUGUAUGCUGCAGGACUGAUAUCGUAACCUUUUUAUGUUCUUAUAAAUGUUUUCGCUAAGUGCAGAAUGUUUUUCAGGGUGUUUUGGUCAGCUGCUGUUUGAGGGACAGAGGGGUAGGGAGAAUGGCUCAGAUGCGUGAAUCCUGAGGUCUUUUAGAUCGGAUAUACUCCCGAUGAACGUGUUGAUCCUUGUUCUUCAUAUCUGUACCUGCUUUCUUUCUCACACAUAUGGUUGCGUUCAUCCCCCGAGCGGCAGGCAACUGGUUUUGUUAGUCCUGGCUAUGCAAGCACGGGUUACUCUCCUGGCUUCUCAAAGCCAAGAAUGGUAACAAAUCUGCCUCGUGGGAAAAGUGUGAAUAUUGACCUGAGAAAUUUUUCUUCUAUCCUAAUCUCCUCUGAAGGAAAGGGAAGUUCACGUACGUCUUUGUCUUGACAGUUUCUGGAGGCCAGAGUCCCAGGGAGGUCACCCCUGUAGAACUGCCACUUAAAGAAAUCUCUUCUGUAUUUAAUCCCUGCUUGUGCUUCUGGCUUUAGGACAGAAGAAAUGCUAUUUGAAAUCUGCUUUUCCCCAUUCCGCUUCUUCUGGAUACCCGUGCCCUUGCCUCGGUGCCAUUGUGGGUCACGUGGCAUUUUGUAAUGCCCGGGACCACAAAGCAACCCCGGCGUGCAGUGUGGGCCACCUUUGAACUUUUUUAGACUCAAAUGAUCUGCAGUUGCCAGGUUGCUGUCUCAGGGUAGGCUUGAUAUUUGCACCUUGUGAAAUCGGUCCUUGACUGAAUAUGUGGGGGAGGAGGCAUGGCAGAGCAGUGGGCUUGAACGGACAGAGGCUUCUGAAGGAGUUCAACCUGCUUAUGAGGGCCUGCAUUCCAAAUCAGCUACACAAGUAGAAACGGUGACUUGGUGACUGGUAAAUGAAGCCAAAGUAUAUACAUUUUGGGGUUUGGGGGUUCUUUUGGGUUUUUUUGUGGGUGGUUUUUCAUUUGUGGGGUUUCCCCCCCUCGCCUUAUUUUCACUGAACAGCAUUGCUAGAACUUACCUACCAGUGUGUUUCUAAUUCUCUAUUUCUCUAGCUGUAAGUAUGUUUGUAAGUAUAUUUCUGUCAGGAUGCAUCCUCUCCCCAUGUUUUGGUAAGGCUUUUUAAGAGCCUCUGCAUUGAAAAAGCUCUGGGCAUCAGCCUGCGAAGGGGUAUCCUCUCAAGGUGGGAGAAAGCAGACACCGGAAGAGGAGGAGAAAACUGCGAAAGCUCAGUGAUUUAGGGGUGCCAUAUGCUUUACUGUGCUGGAUGUCUGAGGCCCAAUAAUUGGAGAGGGUGCUCAAAGGCUGCGUAUUUGAGGGCAGAGGGAUCGUGCACACGUGUUUACGUGUGCUUGUAACUGGAGCGUGCUCUGCAAGUGCCUGUACCGGUCACACUGCAAAGCGACUUGAGGACGACAGAUGGGUUGGGAGAGCAGCCUUGUCGGCUUCUGUGGCAUCCACAAAAGAUGUCUGACAUGGACCUUUACAGGGGCAGAGUCUUGAGCAAGCGAGUCCAACUUCUGCUCCUGCAAGCACCUUUGUGCUGUGUAUUUAGUUGGGGAUGGAGUUGUUGGAGAGAUGGGUUGAAGUGGGGGAGAGUGAGGGUAGACUACCAGAGAGGUAGUCAGAAAACAGUUCAUGGGAGGGGAACAUGAUGAAAACUUCUUCAGACUGAUAGAAGAGGACUAGAGGCCCACGCCUUUUCUAGAUGAGAACUGGGUGCACGGCAAAGUGUACGCUUACAAAUGUUUUCAUUCUGCUUUUUUUUGUCUGGAGUGAUGCCACUUCCUUCCUGUGACGGCUUCUCUUGGUUCAUUGUUGGCUACACCUACAGAGAAAUAACUCCUGAGUUGCUGGCGAGAUGACUGAACAUUGGGUGGCUGGUGUUCGCGUGUUAGGGGUCUUGCAUUGUUUCCCCCUCCGCUAGGUCACAGUGAGUGUUAUGGUAGAGUAACAAUCCCAGUGGUGGUCAAACAUCUGGAAACUUUGUGUACUUGCGAUACUGUAGCUCUUCCUACAGGCAUGACUGCUCCAUGCAGCCUUUCCUUUCUCAUACAGGUACUGGACCAAAUUCCCAUGCUGAAUUUGAAUUGGCGCCCCUCCUCGUGCGUGCUCUUUUGUACUUUGAUAACUUCUUUCUGGGUGUAUUAUUUUAACCCCAGACUGUUCAGAGGAAAAUAAAAUAAAAAAAAAAGGAACUGUGUAGCUAUUUAAGAGAUGAUAGUAAAAUGUCUUAAUUUGGACUAAAUGAAGUUCUUGCACCUUUGUAAAUGUUGAAGAAGAAUUCCAUUGCUGUGUAAUGGCUGAACCUGUUAACUUAUUAAACCACAUGGAAAUUAAA